UCAAAAGCCAAGGUCACUUCCUGUUUUAAGCUCCUGUCCUACAUGCUCGUGUGUGUUGUGAUGUUGUUUAAAUUGAAAUCAUGAAUAUUCUCUCUCGGUCUAAGAAUCUAAUCUCGGUAUCUAAAAUAAGCGUUUUACUGGAUGGCGCUGGCGUUUUUAGAAGCGUCUGUUUGGUCCCUAAAGCUCGUAAACAUGUGUGUUUUCCUCCACUUUUCACGACAAAUGUACCAUCAUGUCUGCAUCGACAUCACGUAUCCACACUUAAUUUAGACACAAAAAGAUUAUACUCAGAGAUUUGUCAUGAAAGCGAUGAAUCAACGAAAAGCACUGGCGUAUUUCGAGAGGAAUCACCGGAGAUGGAGAGUGACAGCAGUGCACUGAAUCAAAGAUCUCCAAAGAAGUUCACUCUUGAUGUACUGGUCUCUCUACUUCGUCAGGAAAAUGCCGUGGACAUCUGUGUGAUUAAAGUACCAGAGCAGAUCACAUACGCUGAGUACUUUAUUGUUGUCAGUGGUGUAUCGUCGAGACACCUCCGUGCAAUGGCCCUUUAUGCCAUCAAAGUGUACAAGUUUCUAAAGAAAGAGGGAGCACCGAAUGUCAAGAUCGAAGGAAAGGAUGCAGAAGACUGGAUGUGUAUUGACUUUGGGAACAUGGUGGUCCACUUCAUGCUACCAGAGACCAGAGAAGUGUACGAACUGGAGAAACUCUGGACUCUCCGCAAGUAUGAUGAGCAGCUGAAAAGCAUGCCCACUGAGACCCUACCAGAAGACUUUAUAUUUGAUGUUGAAGUCACAAAGUGACAAAUCAUCUAAGCUCUGACUUGAAACCAACUUGACUACUUCUUUGUGACUUUGGAUGCAGCCUGUUCUAUCCCUGUAAUUAGCAACUUUAUUCUAAUGUUAUAAUUGGUCAAAGAGACAGCAUGUUUUGUGUUUGGAAUUGAUCAAAUGUAAAUGGAUGGAUCUCUCAGACAACAGAUUUACUGCAGGAAUCACUUUUCCCACCAAAUUGAUUAAUUUUAUAGACCAUUUGUUUUGCAGCAUUUGUAAAUAAAGUCAUUAUGUUUGAAUCA